CUUGGAGUCGCACCGUGGUCGUACAAGAACUUUUCCCUAUCAACAUCUAGUUUGCGACAUAUUUAAUAUCGUAGUGGACGGCAGGUUUCUCGCUCUAGUACACCAGAAGUCAGUGUAGGCGCCGGCGCCAGAACUCCUGGAAGCGUAGUUCUUGUUUCGCCUAUAAGUAAAUCAUUCGAGCAAAGAACAUCGGAAACGUAGAAUCUGACCCAGGAGAAGGAAAAAAUGCAGGGUUCUUGUUCCAGGCAAAAGGGUCUACUUCUACGCGAGGUUAUCAAAUGUAAAAAUGUCUGGGUCUGGAAGGUGGGUGCAAGACAUCUCAUGCAGGUUCAACAUAACAGAUCAGGUCUGGAACGCAGGUUCUAGCAUGACAGAUUCUGUGAGGUCUGUAUCAUGCCCAUUCUGCAUGAGAGACUCACUCCAAAGUUUGUCAGAAAUGGCCAUCUUUUGGUAAUCACGCAACACAGAUUUUUGCAUGAUCCAGACUAAGCAUGACAAGUUGCAUUCCUCCAGACCCAGACACUUUUACAUUUCAUAGAGGUCCUACAACACCAAGCACAGCCGCGUCAGCUGUGUAUCAAAAGGAAAAAUCCCCCCACCCCAUAUCGAAAUGGAAAUCUGUGAUGCGGGAUUUGUGUACACAAAUCGGCUUUGUAUUGCAGGAAGGCAUCGCGGCCAGAUCCCCUGGCUAUGUAGGGGCGUAUCGGUCUAGUUGUUCGGCAUGGCAAACGGCUCCCCUUUAGGCCCAACAGCAUGACAAAUCGCCUCCAUAAUGGGGGCGAAGCUUUUGCCCUUGUCUUCUUGCAAGACAGAUGUGAUUUUUUGUGACCUCAAAUCAGCAACACAAAUUUGCGGAACAUGCCUUUUCGAUAUGGGGAGGGGGGAUUUUUCCUCACCAUACUGCGUAGUAGUAUUUUUGCGAACUCCAUUACCUUCUCUGUGGCUGUCAUCGCACUGCUCUACGGAAGUGUCAGGAUCUUCGAAAUCGACAAAGUUCGAGUUGAAAUUUUAAUCUGUGACGCAUAAGAUGCCACGCAGAGAAGUAAGUAGAAGUGCGACCCUAUGUAUUGCAGACAGUACAUGUACGAGGGGGGCAACCGCUUCGAGUCCCGCUGAGGGGCAGGAGUUGGACAGCUGACUACCAUGACAGAAUGGAGCUCCUUUGCCUUAAACAGCAUGACAGAUUUGCUUCCGGGGCGGGGAAAGUUUAUAUGUCUUGCGCCGACCACCACUAUGUAUAAAGUGAAAACGAGAAAAAUUGGUGCUGUCGAUUUUACGCAUGACAAAUCAACUUUGUCGAUUUCGGUCCUGGCGCUUCUAUAUGCUCCUGCUCUCAGAUUGUUCCACGACGACUAAUCCCACGGCUACCCUUGCGUGGGCCCUGACCCACAAAAUAACUUCUAGUCCGCGGGCUGGAUCACCACUUGUCGCCGACGGGCCAAAUGCUGGUCGCCGCGCCGCCCGGAUACCGGGCACCUUAUGCAAUACAAAUUUCCCGUACAUGUACAACAUGCAUCACAAAUUUCAAAAAUUUGGAGCGUACUAAAACCUGUCAUGCUAAACUAGGAUCGAAGCCAAGUUUUGUCAUGCAGAGACCGCAUUUGUACGUCGUGUGCGGGAAAUUUACUGUGGAUACACGUUUGCUGCGUGGCAUUCAGAUCCAGAAGACCUACCUGGCGUACAGCGUGCCAGGUUCUCGCACGUACCGUGUGCAAAAGUAUCGUACUCGUAUAAGUGCAAGUCUUGCAUCACAAAUCUUGUUCCCAAGCCAAAGCAGCAUUACAAAUUUUAUUUCUCAUGCUGAGGAAAUCGAAAUUUGUAAUGCACUUAUACGAGUACGAUACUUUUGCAUUUUAAAGCACGGUAGUCACAAUAACUUUCCCCCGCAGUACGCACCUGUGACGCGCGAGGACCUCCGCCAGGGCCCACCCCCCCCUGCUGGCGGUGGAGGAGGAGCAUUCCUGGGCCAGUUUUCCUUUCUCGGGGGCCUCGCGGGCCGCGACAGCAACAGCGACCAUGUAGUGCCGAUUCCGUCUUUGCAAGAAGCCCAAACCGCCCCGCCGACCACUCAGUUGUACUACGAUGCAAAUGCGGGGGGCCCGCCCCCCGGGAGUCGUGUAGAAGCAGUAGAGCCGCGAAUAUCCACGAAAAAACACCCAUCCCCAUCCAUUUUUCGCAUGACAAAUACGUGGAAUUUAUGCAUGUUUUGCAUGACAAAUUGGAUGGGGAUGGGUGUUUCUUCCUGGAUAGCGAACCAUAUUCCCAGGGUUCGCGGCGGCGGGUGGAGAGUAUGAACUGCAAAAGUAUCGUACUCGUAUAAAUGCAUGACAAAUUCCCUCAGCAUGAGAAAUGAAAUUUGUAAUGGGAAUUUACCUUGAGAAAAAAAUUUGUAAUGCAUGACUGUAAUACGAGUGCGAUACUUUUGCACAGGAUAGAGAGGAGCCACAGACCAUCCUGCCACCGCAUCUGCAGCAUAUCAAGUGCAAAUAUGUCUGGGCCGGGAAGAUUGCCAGCAGGUUUGUGAUGCAGAUUUUGCAGGACCCAUGAUGCCUGUGAUACAUGCCCUAGCAUCACAGUUUUUUGGAGGGCUUCCCGAUGCACAUUCCGCAUGAGAAAUGCCCUCACCACGUAGCACAAACUGGACUCCUUUUGCACUUGCUGGUCAUGCAAUACAAUUUUUUUCAGAAUCCAAAGACAACAUCACAAGUUGCAAUCUUUCAGACCCAGACAUAUUUGCAAUGCAUGCAGCACUUACGUGACCAACAGCAGCAAAUGCAGAUCGCUCAGGCACCAGCUGGUGGGCGUUAUGAUCCUUCUUCUCCAACCUACUCGUCGUCGUCCCCCAGCACUACCGCUGCGGGCGCAGCUAUGGAUGUGUCAAAGUUGAAAUCGACAAAGUUGAACAAAUAACUUGUAAUGCAUAAAGUCGAUACCAGUUGCAAGCCCAAUCUCUAAGCGGCGCAUGACAAAUUUGAGUAGAGCCGAAAUCCGGUCUGUAAUGCUAAUGCUGCUUGGGUAAGGGAGACGCCUUUUGUCGUGCUACUUUAGCAGCUCUAUUUCUACCCCGAAACAGGCUUACAAUCUGCCUCCCUCGCCUACUCUGCAAUACAGGCACUUUCUGCGUUGCAUUUUAUGCAUGACAAACUUUUUUCAACUUUGACGAUUUCAAUCCUGACAGCUCCAUAGCAGCUCUGAGCCAGUUGUGGAAACGGUGCUGCGGAACGAACAUGCAAGCGCUAUCCUGUGUAAAAACUUCCCCACACCAUAGUUGUCAUGCAAAUCCGCAUGCUUAAAAUGUUUCUCAUUCGGAGCCCCAUGAGAAGCAUUUUCUAAUGCUGUCUUGAAAUUUGUCAUGCUCCAAUCAGCAUGAGAUACUAGAUCUGUAAUGCUGCUGAACUAGUUCAAACAGCACGAGACUACGCGUCCAAAUUUGUCAUGCGAAACAGCCAAAGCUUGUGGAUUUGUCUAGCCGAUUCUCCAUCUUGACUAUGGGGUGGGGACGUUUUUACAUAGGAUAAGCGCAACACACCCAGGACUUCUCCGCCCGACCAGGGCCACCUGCAACGGAGUUUCACCAACUCCACGUGGACGACCCACGCCUCCGCGGUCCUCGUCCGGGCGGGUCGGUAACCAUAGCAGCGGCCCGGGCAGCUGCGGCCCGGGUGGCUGCGGCCCAGGCGGCGGGCAACAUGCAGGUUUUCGAUCCCUCGGUAGGACCUUUACAAGGAGCAGACCCAAGUAGUAAUAUGACCCGGGCUCUUAUCCAGGAAAAAAAAUGUGUAAGUGUAAGUUUGUAGGUUGAACAGCAUCACAAAUUCGUUUUUGCACUACAGGGAACAAAACCUGUCAUGCGCAGCUAGUAAGUGGAAACACGUACUAUGAUAGUAGUCUAUGACGCACUUCCAGCAUAACAAGUGUGACUGUUUUGCAUUUUCUGCAUCACAGAUUUACACUUAGACAGUUUUUUUCUUGCAUAGCUCUGUCGCCGGAGGAGCAUCAGUAUUUGCUUCUCACGAACGACGCGUAUGCGGACCGGCUAUACAGUGCAAAAAUAUCGUGUUCGUUGUAUUGCAAUCAUGCAUUACAAAUCUUUUUCUUGAGGUAGAUCAGCACUACAAAUUUCAUUUCUCACGCUGAGGAGAUUUGUAAUGCAUUUUUUUAUACGAGUGUGAUAGUGAUGCUUUUGCAUUGCAUAACAGCAUUACAAAAGCAAGUACUCCGUGUUCUUCGGGGGCGGUAUGCUGUGCGGCCUGGCCACGUAUCAUUUGUAAAAACGUCCCCACCCCAGAGUCAAGAUGAGGAUUUUGCAGCACAAACCUUCAAGUUUUGGGAGCCACACAUGACAAGCUCCAGGCUGUAGUGUAUGACAGUUUAAUAGCAAGGAAGUCGCAUAACAAAUCCAUCUCCUUAUCCUGUUUACAGCAUUACAAGUUCCAAAACACCAUGGGAAAUGCCUCUCAUGGGGAUGCGCAUUACACAUGCUCUUGGUCUUGUGCUUGCAGAUCUGCAUGACAACUCUGGGGUGGGGAUGUUUUUACACAGGAUACCACGGUCGCGGGCAUCAUCUGGGCGGCGACCAUGGAGCCGGACUUGCGGCCCUUCUGUAUCCUAAGUCAAAACGGGACCCACACCCCAUAGUCAAUCAGUUGGGAAAUCUGCUAGACAAAUCUACAGCCUUUGGUUGUUGCGCAUGACAAAUUUGGGCUCGACGCAAUGUAGAAGUCCUGUGUAGCUGCUAGAGAAGCAGCAUCACAGAUCUACGAAAUCAUGCAGAUUCGAGCAUCGCAAAUCUUAAAAAACCACGAUAAAAAACUUCUCAUGGGGCUCCGCAUGGAAAACAUUUUAAGCAUUCAGGCUUGCAUGACAAGUAUGGGGUGAGCACGCUAUUACACAGCAUAUUCUGUCCAGUCUCGCUCAAUCCGGAGUACAAGUCGCUCUUUCGCCAUCCGCACCGGUGCCUGGUGUUGCCGGAAGCGGUUGCAGACUCGUGGUACACCAGCAGACUGCUGCAGUUAUCAAGUGCAGAAGUAUCGUACUAGUAGUAAUUGCAAUACAAAUUACUUCAGCAUGACAGAGGAAAUUUGGCAUGCGGGUUUUUUACCAUAAAAAAGCAAUUUGUAAUGCAUGACUGCGAUUACUACGAGGGAGUACGAUACUUUUCCAUGUGAUAGCAGUCCAUCGACACUUAUUCCGACGCGUAUAGCGACUCCUUUUGGAAUAUCCUGUGUAAAAACGUCCCCAUACCAGAGUCAAGAUGGGAAAUCUGCUAGACAAAUCAACCAGGUUUGGUUGCUUCGCAUGACAAAUUUGUCCUCGUAGUGCAAUCCUGCUUAAGUAGCUUAGCAACAUCACAGAUCUAGCGCAUCAUGCUGAUUCUAGCAUCACAAGUUCCACGACACGACUAGAAAACGCCUGUCAUGUUGGGGCUCCGCGUGAGAAACUUUUUCGGCAUGCAGAUUUGCAUGACAACUCCGGUGUGGGGACAUUUAUCGUCAGGAUAUAGAAAAACACGCUGCCGGAGAAGGAGAAAAUCUACGAACUGAUUCGGGACCUUCGCGACAACAACAUCAACGAGAAUCUGAAUCUGGAUGUGAUCCAAAGCAUCUUGGUGAAAGCCGAAGAGGAUCAGCAGGCCGUGGGAGUGCAACUCGUAGCAUCUCCUUCAUCGUCUUCGCCAAGCAACCCCGUCAUGGCCACCGCGCCGGCACUACGCUUGUUGUCAUUGUCGCCCUCGUGGCCCAGUGCCGGCCUUCGCGUCGUGCCAACAUCCUCCGCAUCUUCAGGCUCAAGCAGCGCCAGCGCCGGUUCUACUGCAACUAGAGCUACCCUUUCGUCUUCCGUAAAGGGUGGGGUCGCAUUGACCCCCCCGAAGCAGCCGAUCUUGGCCCGUUCCCUGACCACGCAGGACCCGAAUCCACCGAUCGCGCUACCGACAUUAGCACAACAACAGGAAGUUGUAGAACAGCCUGGACAAGGAACCGUGAUGGGCUCCUUGCCCAGCAGCACGGCCGACGGCGACGUCACAGGUGGAUCUGCAGUUGUAGCCGCCAGUCCGCUUAGAAGUGCCUUGGCUGCUGGUGCAGUUCAUCCGGGCGGCAGGACAGCUGCUAUCGGGGAUGCCACGCCCCCCUUGCUGCAGACUGCGGGUAUGCAUUGCAAAAGCAUCGUACUAGUAUAAAUCGCAUGACAAAUCUCCUCAGCAUGAGAAAUAGAAUUUGUAAUGCGGAUUCAAGUUGAGGAAGAAAUUUGUAAUGCAGGACUGCAAUUACUACGAGUACGAUACUUUUGCACAGGAUAGCGGGCAACCCGGCACAAAACACGCUCCCCGUGAUGAAUUUGCCGCAAAUGCUAAUCUAUCGAAUGCAAAUAGGGUCGUCUGGAAAGAAUGAGAUUUGUGAUGCUAGCAUUCGAUCACGCAAAAAUCUGUGUUGCAAGAGAGGCAACAGACACUGCUCAGACUGUUGCCACCCGGAGAUGGCAUUAUUUCUCAUGCAGUUUAGGCAUAAGGAGAAGCAAACCUAUGCGAAGGCUGUGAUGCUAGAGCAUGCGUCAGAGGCAUCGGGAGCCAUGUACAAUUUGCAUCACAAAAAUGUUCCAGACCCAGACAUGUUUGCACUGGAUACGAUGAACGAACUCGUUCUGGACAAGAUCACGCUCGAUCUGUGGUAUGCGACUCUGAGCUAUGCAUUGCAAACAUGUCUGGGUCUGGAUUUGUGAUGUGGGACUCAAAGGGCGAUAAGAUCUGUAAUGCACGACGAACGCGAUUGGUCAGGUUUUUUGUAAAAUGUUAAAUGCGAAUGAAUCCACAAGAGCUUUAGAGAAACUUCUCAUGCUGUUAUACCGCACAGACAUGAAGCUGCAGCCAGUCUGUAACUAAUGCAGGUAUCAGCAACACAAGUUUCCAGAUGACACAGAUCGGUAUUUGCAAUGCACAUGAGCGAGCGGCUGUCGGCUCCACCGGAGUACGAGAAGCUACAUGACGGCGAGAAAACCCAAAUUCCGGACGACCUUGCGCAAGAGGUAGGGACUGCAAAAGUAUCGUACUAGUAGAGCUCGCGUGACACAUUUCCUCUGCAUGAGAAAUGAAAUCUGUAGUGCGGAUGUAACUGAAGAAAUAGAUUUGUAAUGCGGGAAUGCGAUUCUUAGUACGAUUGCGAUUCUCUUGCAAUGCAUAAGAGGUGCUGUAUGGCGAGAACGCGGAGGCGGAAUACUGGAUGCAGGAGCUUCUCACCAAAGCCCUCGUAUGCAUUGCAAAUAUCGAUCUGGGUCUGGAGACAACUUGUCAUGCUAAUGUCCGAAUGAUAGUACGUCGCAAACUGCAUUGCGGAGCCGCGCAUGACAACUUUCUGGGUGGGGGCUACGUGUAGCGUUAAGCGUACCAUCACAAAUUGCCUUUUUGCAUGACAAACAAGUGGCAUUGUAGACUAGCGCAACAAGCAUGACAGACUUUUCUGCAUUGUCGGCCGAGCAUGACAAACGUGCACUCCUCCAGUGAUGACCCAGACAAAUUUGCACUGGAUACCUCGACGAGUCUUUUGACUCGCGGGCGUCCACCACCAGCAGUGCAGCCACAGUGAGCUCCGAGAAAGCUUUUGACAUCCUGAAGAAGUCCAUGCUGGCCGUAUCCUGAGGGAAAAUGUCCCCGCCCCAGAGUUGUCAUGCAAAUCUGCAUGCUCAAAAUUUUGUCAUGCGGACUGGUUGGUACUUUUCUUGGGGCGACUUGCCGUGGUAGCGCUCGCCUUUUGUAUGAUGAGGUCGCCGAAAGUGCUUCCUCGCCCACCCCCCGGGGAGGGGAUCCUUGACCUGUGCCGCUGGGAGCGGGUGUCCACUACAUUAUGAUGAUGAUGAUGAUGAUGCGGAGCCCCAUAAGAAGCAUUUUCUAGUCGUGUUUCGGAAUCUGUCAUGCUCCAACCGCCAUGAUAUGCUAGAGCUGCGAUGCUGUUGAACUAGCUAAGUAAACAGGAUUACACUACGAGACCAAACUUGUCAUGCGCUACAACCAAAGCUGGUAGAUUUGUGUAGCAGAUUUCACAUCUUGACCCUGGGGUGAGGACGUUUCUACUUAGGAUAGGCCACUAAACCAGGCAGUGAUGUUGACCAACAACCACCCCCGCAGAAACUUCGUUUCCUUCUCUACUGGCUGUUUCACGGAGAGACAUCCUGGCCGAGAGGAGGAUCGUCUGGUGGAUCCAGUAGCGAAGCGGGACAGCAAACUCCUGCUCCGUCGGCUGACGGAGCAGCCGGGGGAACUACAACGAGUGACGAGGAAAAAUGCGACUGGUCCAAGUUGCUUGACAACCACUGGGUGAGUACGCAAGCGUGGUACCACGAGGAGCGCAUGUUCAACCGGUGCUAUGAAAAUUUGCUGGACAAGUUGGGCAACCACUUCCGCCUCACGAACGAACUGGAAUACGAAACCGAGAAAACCAUCCCAGCAAGAAGCGCAAGCACAAGCGGAGCAGGCCAGCUGGCGUCUUCAGAAGGGGCGAAGCACACCGUCCGUGUGCGCAACUCGCAGCACCACAUAUCACAACAGAAAAUCUCCCCUGCCCAUAUCGAAACGGAAAUCUGUGGUGCGGGAUUUGUGUACACAAAUCGGCUUUGUCAUGUAGUAGAGGACUGCAGGCAGAUACAAAGCCGGAGCAGGGGCGUUUUGGUGUAGGCACCUAGCAAGGCAGGCAUAUCCUCCGUAGGCCCUACAGCAUUACAAAUUGCCUGCAGGACGCGGCGAGGUUUUUGGGUUUGCCUGCUUGCAAUACAGAGAAGAUUUGUGGUCUCAAAUCAGCAUCACAAUUUUCAGAAGUGCCCCGGUUUGGUAUGGGGAGGGAGGAUUUUUCCCCACAAUACCACAUCUCGCCGACCAUGAUCGCCUGGGCAUUGACGGGUGGUGACAUCUCCGCGAAAUUUCAGCAAAUCGACGUGGAGGCCCGGUUGAAAUCCGUUUUUCGUGUGUACCAGCAGGCGGAACAAGGCACAGAAAAAACGGGCCAAAAACUGUUCAACUCAGUCUUUCUAGCGUUUCCGAAAGCCGCAGGCGGCGAUCCGAUGUUUUUUGGCACCUACGACGAUGGGAAAUGGUACAUCAGUUGAUGACGCACCACUAAACACUUGUUUUUCCGUGCGUAGUUUCUUGCUCCGCAUGACAAACUUGUGCCUCUAAGCGGAUUUAUGCAUGACAGUUUCCAUUUUCAUAUUACACCUAAAUCAAUACAGCUUCGUCUUCUACACGAAAGUGGAGUCGAUUCAUUUCGUGAAAGAUGAAGAGAAGGACACCCCGCUAUCCACAGAGACCCAUCCCCAUGCCCAUUCAUUUUUUGCAUGACAAACAGUGGACUUUAUGCAUAUUUUGCAUGGCAAAUUGGAUGAGGAUGGGCGUUUUUUCCUGGAUACCCGGCGAUGAAGCACUAUGAGGAGUUCACCCACGGUAGCCACGACUAUGCCUUGCAAAAAUUGACACUGUCGCUGUAUCGUGCGCAGUACUAUCAUGGUGGUAGAUCGAGAGAUGAUGGCACAUCUACUUAACUUAGUACAAGAAAAAGAAAAACGCGCAAAUGUUGAAAGUCGAUCAUGCCGUUCGGAAAAUACAUGCUAGAACCUACCUAUUCACACGCCACAGGCAUCUUCUUCUAUGCUGAUAUAAGAACUUUCUCGAUCUUCUUGUAUACAUAGACCAAUGCGUCGAUACAACUUUUGCCUCUCCUCGUCAUAGCCUACUCCUGACCACGAUCGGGCUGGAAAUGGGGCCAGCAUCAGCAAGCGAGCAGGCUCCCGCAGAGACGACCUUUGCCGACCGCUGGACCGUGUAUACAAUCGCGCCGCAACCGGAGAAGAAGCAAGGAGCCGCGCCUUCAAACACGAUGCCCGCAGUCGUGGACGCGGCCGGCAGAAACGAUCUCGCACCCCCACUACAGUCCAGCGGACAAGAAGAGGAUCCCGUGAUAGGUGUAGCAACCGCAGCGAGAGUGGCGCAAGCGGUGGGCCGCGACGAUGCUGGAUCGGCGGCAUCGGCUGCGCAGGUUUUCGCGACCCCUUCCUCAUCGUCACAAAUGCCAACGUUGCCGCACCACGGACCGAUGGGGUAGAGAGCGUCGUGUUGGAACCGAGAAAGACGAAAAUCAUGACUUUUUUGAGAAUAAGGGCUUGAAAAUAUUACGUUUUGCGACUGACCCUUCCGGUAUUGGUAUAUUAGGCACAUUUUUGAACCAGAACCAUAAUUGCUCAUCUGGCAGUGCUACUGCUGCUUGUCUUUCUUCAUUCUCAAAAGCAACUUUUAUUCUGCGAAAAUUGCAGCCCUGCUUCUUGUGCUACCAGUUUUGGUCAACACCUCUUUUGCGGUUUGCAAGCAAAUGCGAAAUAGAGAAUAAAGAUCGACAUCGAAUGAAUGGAAGUUUUUGUUUGGAAUAGUUUCAACCAAAUAUUUCGAUUACCACCACCUGUUUGCCCACACGAGAAGAGAAAUUCUAUCCGACGAAAAUGACAUGAACGAAGGAGAAUUCAUGCCUGGUGAGAGAAAAUCCAAUACGAAAAAUCACAAUCACGAUUGCAUCGAAGGAAAA